CUCCUUAUUAUUUUAUUUUGUUUUACUUUUAUUUUUAAAGCAGAAUGACUGCAAGCAAUCUAGAAUUACUACAAGUAUAUUCGAAAGGACUUGUUGUUUGGUUACCUGAUGAAGAACAAGGAUGGAUUUCUGCAACAGUUAUAUCUAUCGAAAAUGAUAAUACCAUAAUUAAAAUGAGUUUACAAGAUGACAUGAAUCCUGAAAAAGUACAUAUAUUUGAAGCUAGUUUAGUUGAUAUUGAAUCAAACAAAAUAAGUUUACCCCCAUUUCGAAAUCCUCCCAAAAUGGAGAAUACAGAAGACUUGACAAGUCUUAGUUACCUCAACGAACCUUCAGUAUUAAAUACUAUCAAGAUUCGAUACGAGGAAAAAAACAUUUAUACCUAUUCGGGAAUCGUUUUGAUUGCCACUAACCCUUUUGCCCAUGUCCCACUCUAUGGACCUGAAAUUAUUCAAAAAUAUUCAGGAAAUAGAAGAAAUAAACUUGAACCUCAUUUGUUUGCUAUAGCUGAAGAUGCUUACAGAUGUAUGAUCAGAGAUAACAAAAAUCAAACUAUUAUUGUAUCAGGAGAAAGUGGUGCUGGUAAAACUGUAAGUGCAAAAUAUAUUAUGCGUUAUUUUGCUACAGCAGACGAUCAGGAAAUGGAUAAUAAAGGCAUUGAAUCCAUGACUGAGGUAGAAGAACAAAUUUUAGCUACAAAUCCUAUUAUGGAAGCUUUCGGUAAUGCAAAAACAACCCGAAAUGACAAUUCCUCAAGAUUCGGUAAAUAUAUCGAAAUCCAUUUUGAUAAAGAACGUACAAUUAUUGGUGCUAAAAUCAGAACCUAUUUACUGGAAAGAUCUCGUCUUAUCUUUCAACCUGAAACUGAGAGAAAUUAUCAUAUAUUUUACCAAUUGUGUGCAGGUGCUAAUGAAAAUGAGAAAAAAGAAUUGGCAUUAAAAGAAUGGUCAUAUUUUCACUACCUUAACCAAAGCGGAACAGGUGUUAUUCCUUCUGUAGAUGAUGCAAAAGAUUUCCAAGAGACUAGAGCUGCUUUAACAACAAUUGGUAUUCAUGAAGAACUCCAAUCAGAGAUAUUUCAUCUUUUAGCUGCACUUUUACAUCUUGGUAAUAUUGAAAUCGGAGGAAGAAAUGAGACAGCUGUUUUGGAUGACCAACAAGAAUCUCUUGCCCUUGCUACUGAGCUUUUGGGUCUUGAUGCUACUGAAUUCAAGAAAUGGAUUGUAAGAAAGCAAAUCGUGACAAGAUCAGAAAAAAUCAUUACCAAUUUAUCCCCCUUACAAGCACAAGUAGUACGUGAUUCAGUAGCUAAAUAUAUUUAUGCUCAUCUGUUUGAUUGGCUCGUGGAUCAUAUCAAUAAUAGUCUGUCAUGCUCUGAUCCAGAAGAGCAAGUAGCGAGUUUUAUUGGUGUCUUGGAUAUUUAUGGCUUUGAGCAUUUCCAAAAGAAUUCAUUUGAACAAUUUUGUAUCAAUUAUGCGAAUGAAAAACUUCAACAACAGUUUAAUCAACACGUAUUCAAACUUGAACAAGAAGAAUAUAUCAAGGAAGAUAUUGAUUGGAAAUUUAUUUCGUUUAGCGACAAUCAGAAAUGUAUAGAGUUGAUUGAGAGUAAGAUGGGUAUUUUAUCAUUAUUGGAUGAAGAAUCACGUUUGCCAUCAGGCACAGAUCAGGGCUUUUGUAACAAGCUUUAUCAGCAAUUUGGCAGUAAUUGUCCAGACUAUUUCAAGAAGCCUAGAUUUUCUAACAAUGCCUUUGUCGUUUCACAUUAUGCUCAUGAUGUUCAGUAUGAGUCUGAAGGCUUCUUGGAUAAAAAUAAGGAUACCGUUCCUGAGGAACUUUUGGCAUUGCUUCAUGCCUCUCAGUCUACAUUCUUGGCAGAUAUGAUUCAACCUGUUGCACCAGUAAAUCUUAUAACUGAUCAGGUGCCUAAAAAGACUCUGAGUCAAUCCAAGAAGCCUACUUUAGGCUCUAUGUUUAGACUCUCACUCAUUAAUUUAAUGGACACGAUUGGAGAAACAAACGUUCAUUAUAUUCGUUGUAUUAAACCUAAUGAAGCUAAAAUAGCUUGGGCCUUUGAGCCUAAUAUUGUACUUUCACAAUUACGUGCUUGUGGUGUCUUAGAGACAAUUCGUAUUAGUUGUGCUGGAUAUCCAACUAAAUGGACCUAUGAAGAUUUUGUUGAGAGAUAUCAUGCAUUAGUUGACUUUUCACAAAUGGAUAAUACUAAUAAAGAUGCGAAAAUGAUAUGUUCUCAUAUCAUAAAUAAUAUAAUCCAGGAUACUGAUAAAUAUCAAAUGGGUCUUACAAAAAUCUUUUUCCGUGCUGGUCAGCUUGCUUAUAUUGAAAAAUUAAGAUCAGAUAAAUUGUACACAUGCGCUGUGAUGAUACAAAAGAAUGUACGUCGUUUCUUAGCUCGUCUCCAAUAUAAGAGAGCUCUUCAAACUAUUGUAAAGUUACAAGCUAUUACACGUCGUCAAAUAGCUGUUCGUGCUCUAGAGCAUAUGCGCCGAGAAAAAGCGGCUACAGUCAUUCAAAGUAAUUGGAGAAGAUAUUAUGCUAGAAAACAAUUUUUGAAAACGAAAGCCUUUAUCAUUCAAUUACAAACAGUGAUUCGUGGAGAUUUGGCAAAAAAGAGAUAUAAUAUGUUACGAAGAGAACAUGCGGCAAUCAUGGUUCAGAAGAUUGUAAGGGGCUGGCUGAGUCGUAAACGAUACCAAAAGAUUCGAAAUUAUGUAAUUCAACUUCAAACUGCUAUAAGAUGUUUCCAAGCACGACAUCAAUUAAUAGUGUUACGUGCUGAGGCACGCUCGGUCAAUCAUCUUAAGGAGGCCUCUCAUAAACUUGAAUCACGUGUUAUUGACUUGAUUCAAAAUUUAACACAACAGCGUGAAGAAAAGUCACGACUUAAAUUAAAAGCAAUUGAAUUAGAAAACCAAGUCCGUUCCUGGAUUCAGAAAUAUGAACGAUUAGAUCAACGAGCUAAGGACCUUGAGCAACAGUAUGGUAAAAACUUUACUAUUACUAACACUAUGAAUUUAAACGAACAAAGAGAUGCUCUUCAAGCAGAAUACAUAACAUCAUUAAAUAAGAUUAAAUUACAAGAUAAGGAAUUAUUGCGAUUAAAAGAAGAGUUACUUCAACAGCGAGAUGGUAUGAGUCGAUUAAGGAUGUCAAGAUUAUCGACCUCAAGCGAUAAGACGUUAGACAUUACUGAGUUAAAAAAUCAAAUCUCUGCGUUAAAGGCAGCUACUGAGUGUAAACUCUAUGUACAGUAGUAGUAGUAGUAGUAGUAGUAAUGUUUUCUACUUUAAUUAUAAUAUCCAUAAUAAUAUCCAUAAUAAUAAAAUAUCGUAAUUUAUUACCUUCUCUUCAUGAUGGUGUUCU